AUGGCUGUCAGAAUAUUGAUAUCAAUGAGCCUAGCCAGAUCCAUCAAUGCUUACUAUACCUCAAUUUCGGGCAACUUGGACUGGCAAGAAUUCGGUCGUCCGUAUGGUUUACCAGAGAGCGUCACGAAAGAUGCACUGGAAAAUCCGUUUGCUAGCAGUAACUACUCGACAGGUGCGUUACUCAACGAAACGGAACACUCCGUUAGCAGUUUACCUCCCAGUUUUAUCACCACGGUCACCGUGAUAGAACUGCCACUGGAGAAGAACAGCUCUCAAGCCCCGAAUCAAGCCGCCGCCGACCUGAUCAUCUCAACCUCCAAGAAUCAAGAUGUGGACACUUCUGGCUGGGAAGUCUGCAAUGUGGUUUUUCUAUUUGAUGACCUCCAAGCUCUAAAUGACAUGUUCGCUUCAUCGGAUGACGGAAGUUGCUCGCCGUUCACAAAUGAGUGCAUAAGCCAGCUUCAACUCUUGACGUGCGACGACUCUGGUUGGCCAACGGAAUGUCCUGAUGGGUCAGUUUCUGGCAUAGCCUGGAAUGCCACGGCGACAUCACUUCUCGAGGCAGAUGCGUGGCUCAGCUACUAUAGCAGUCCAUAUGAUGCCAGUAACACGUCAGAAGUAGUCAAACUGGCCAACGCAGUCAUUCCUGUUGUUCAAGUUUGGACCACCCCGGACAAAUUGUUUAGUAGCACGGAAGUGCGCUGUCUGAGAGCAAGCAAGCCGUCACCAACAUCAUCUACCACCGGCACGCCGGAGCCAACUUCCAGCGCCAGCACCACGCAAAGCGGCAGUCUUGCGGUCCCGACUGCGGCAUUCCAGAAGGAGUACUUAGUUGGCGCUGUGAUGGCCGCCGCCGGGUAUAUUGCAUAUUGA